AUGGUACACCUUGUGGCUGUACCAGAGACAAUCACGGCAAGUGGCUGUGCUUGUGUCUUUAUUGACACCAUCUUCCGACUUCAUGGGUUGCCCCGUGAACUCGUAUCAGACAGAGAUCCACGAUUCACUGCUGAUUUCUGGCGUUCCGUGUUCAAAUCACUCGGAACGCGCUUGAAGAUGUCAACAUCUGAUCAUCCAGAGUCGGAUGGUCAGACGGAACGUGCCAAUCGUGUCCUUGAAGAGAUACUUCGAGGAUACGUACACUCCUUUAAGAGUUGGAGUGAGUUUUUGCCAAUGGUAGAGUUUGCCAUCAACAAGUCGGUGCAUGCGUCCACGACACAUACACCGUUUUACGUGAAUGGCUUGCGCCAUCCGCGUGUACCCACCUUACUAGAGUGUAACUCUGGUUUAAGGGGGGGAGGGUCUCGCGCGAGCAAAAACCGAUUUGGUUCACGCUCAUCACGCUCUGACGAAGAAGUCAUUGCGUUUGAUGCCGAUAUCGAUAACAUCGAUAUCGAAGAAGAUGAUGCCAGUGAGAGUGCGGAAGCCCUCACUGAAGACAAUGAUCCCAGUGAGAGUGCGGAAGCCCUCACUGAAGAAAAGGUUGUUGUUGCUGCAGUGCGCUCACAGCACACUGAAGCUAACGAGUCAUCAGAUGAGUUCAUACUGGCUCGUGAAACGGUAGUCCGUUUUGUGCAAGACUCCAUCGCCGAAGCGGUGACUUAG